UCGCAGAACGCCGCAGCGACAACGACCACGACGAGGAUAACCCCGACAGGAAUACGUUGAAGAAUAUACAUGGCGAAGUCACGUAUGCAGUCGCGUGCAGUGGAGGCUAUCGUGUUGGACGAAGACCAUAUGAAGCAAGAGGAGGCAGAAGAAACGUUGGACGAGAGCGGCGACCCAUUGGAGGAAAGUGGACGUACUGUCGAUAGCAGUGAUGAGGAAAUAGAGGAAUCAGUCGCUGAUGAUAUUGCACGCUUUGAGGAGAGCUUUUCCGGCAUCAACAGCAGAUUUCGCCUGAUCAAUCGCAUCGGAGAAGGUACCUUUUCUACAGUAUACAAAGCGGAAGAUCUUGAGUACAACCAAUACCGGAAUAAUUGGGAUAUCGACGAGCAGGAGAAACGAAAAUGGUCCUCUCCCGGACAUCGAAGACGCAACUCACGACGACCGCAUUACGUCGCCAUCAAGAAGAUCUAUGUCACCAGCAGCCCCAUGCGUAUAUUCAACGAGCUGGAGCUUCUGUAUGACUUAAGGGGAUCUGAUUCUGUCUGCCCGCUGAUCACAGCGUUCCGCCAUCUGGAUCAGGUCGUGGCUGUCUUGCCGUACUUCCAGCACCGAGAUUUUCGCGAAUACUAUCGCGAUAUGAAAGUUCCAGAGAUGCGCCUCUACUUCCGCAGUCUGUUCACUGCUCUAAGACAUGUGCACAGCAAAAAGAUACUCCAUCGAGAUAUCAAGCCUACCAACUUCCUCUACAACCCUGCCCAGUCACGGGGCGUACUGGUUGACUUUGGUCUCGCAGAGCGCCUAGGCACGGAAUGGCAGCAGUGCGCAUGCACGCUAGGAGCUGAGGAGCGUAGCUACCGGGUAUCCCACAGUGUGUAUGCGCAGACUCAGCAUCGCCCAUCAUGCUACCCAAAGAACGAUAAUCGGUCCAGUCGUCGUGCAAAUCGUGCAGGCACCCGUGGCUUCCGCGCCCCAGAGGUACUUCUAAAAUGCACACAACAGAACACUUCGAUCGAUAUGUGGAGUGCUGGAGUUAUCCUACUUACUUUACUAUCUCGCCGUUUCCCGUUCUUCCAUAGCCAGGACGACAUCGAUGCUCUGCUAGAAAUCACCACGAUCGUUGGGCGCAAGAAGAUGAAGGAGACUUCUUUGUUGCACGGCCAGGUCUUCGAAACAAACAUUCCUACCUACAGCGAUAAUGGGCAUUCGUUCGAAAAGAUCAUUCUUUGGUGUACGAGCCGAAGCAGCGAUAAGAACAGUGGUGUGAAGAAAGAGCUAGAAGAUGACGAGAAAGAAGCAGUGGAGUUCUUGUAUGAGCUCCUCGAGUGCGAUCCUGCGAAGCGCAUUACUGCAAAGAAGGCCUUGGAGCACCCUUUCCUCACUAAAGACUAUGAGGGUAGUGAAGAUGAGGAUGACAAUUUUGACCUCGUUGAUGUCUGAAGCACGAGAUGAGACAUGAUGGUACGGCAUUCACUAAUGGGUACGGCGUUUCGAGUCUAACUUUACCAUGUUGGACUGUAUGAUAUCAGGAGUUAUUCUACGGUGUACAAGCCCUUUGAUGGCGGUAUAAUUCUCUUAUACGAUACCCUGCGAAGUUGUAUAACAUAAUUACACUGAGAGCAUAUGUAAUACGACGAUCAAUAUAUCUACAUAAAAUUUUCCAUUUCGAGGCGCCCUAAAUGCGAUAGUAUCAUACAGUGAC